UUUAAAUUAGAAAUCCGUAAACUAAAAAUCUCAUCGUCGUCGUGGUCUUCUUUGUCAGCAGAGAGAAAGCUCUCCGGCGAUGAGUUUACACAAACUGAGACUCGCCGCGGCGGUUCCCUUAACCAUCUCCACAUUCUCUUCUCGCCUCUUCCUCAAGCCAUUUCCCAAUACCUUAACCCUAGGUUUGUUUUCCCGCCGUCUUCAACAACAUAAGCCUCUCUUAGUCAGAGCCUUCUCCGCUUCCGCCACCGUACAAGAUAUUCCGGCCACUCAGACCACCGUCUCCUCCGUAGCGAGGCCUCAGUGGAAGGCGUCGAUUGAUUUCAAAUGGAUAAGGGAUAAUAAGGAAGCAGUCGAAAUCAACAUCAAGAACAGGAACUCUAAUGCUAAUUUGGAUGUUGUGCUUGAGCUUUACGAGAACAUGGUCAAUCUCCAAAAGGAAGUUGAGAGGCUUCGUGAGGAAAGAAACAAUGUUGCAAAGAAGAUGAAAGGGAAGCUGGAGCCGUCUGAACGUGAGAGACUAGUAGAAGAAGGUAAAAGUCUCAAGGAAAGUCUUGUGUCUAUGGAAGAAGACCUCGUGAAGCUUAAAGAUGAGCUGCAACAUGUAGCACAGUCUAUACCCAAUAUGACUCACCCUGAUGUUCCUGUUGGAGGAGAGGAUUCAUCGGCAAUUAGAAAGGAGGUUGGUUGUCCACGUGAGUUUCAUUUUCAAAUCAAGGACCAUCUUCAGCUUGGGAAGGAUCUUGAUCUUAUUGAUUUUGACUCUGCUGCAGAGGUUAGUGGUUCAAAGUUUUUCUAUUUGAAGAAUGAAGCAGUUUUAUUGGAGAUGGCCCUUCUUAAUUGGACAUUAUCACAAGUCAUGAAGAAGGGUUAUACGCCCCUAACGACCCCUGAAAUCGUGAGAUCUUCUAUUGUUGAGAAAUGCGGUUUUCAACCUCGUGGAGAUAAUACUCAGGUUUAUUCUAUAGAUGGAACUGACCAAUGUCUCAUUGGUACCGCUGAAAUCCCCUUAGGAGGAAUCCACAUGGACUCUAUUCUUCUUGAAUCAGCAUUACCUUUAAAAUAUAUAGCAUUCUCUCAUUGCUUCCGUACUGAAGCGGGUGCAGCUGGUGCCGCCACCAAAGGUCUUUAUCGCGUUCAUCAGUUCAGCAAAGCAGAGAUGUUCGUCAUAUGCCGACCUGAAGAUAGUGAAUUCUUUCACCACGAACUCAUUCAGAUUGAAGAGGAUUUGUUCACCUCUCUAGGAUUGCACUUCAAAACACUGGAUAUGGCCACAGCGGAUUUAGGCGCUCCUGCUUACCGUAAGUUUGAUAUUGAAGCAUGGAUGCCUGGUUUUGGACGUUUUGGCGAGAUAUCAAGCGCAUCGAACUGCACAGAUUACCAAAGCCGGAGACUGGGAAUACGAUACCGCCCAUCUGAACCACUUCAGACGGGUCCUAAGAAAGGCAAAGCAAACCUUCCAGCUACUAAGUUUGUGCACACUCUAAACGCAACGGCGUGUGCGGUCCCGAGGAUGAUGGUGUGUUUGUUGGAGAAUAACCAGCAAGAAGAUGGAUCCGUGGUGAUCCCUGAGCCUCUUAGGCCUUUCAUGGGAGGCAUCGAACUCAUCAAACCGAAGCUCAAGUAGUUUUGAUGAUUAGCUCUUCGCAAUUUCUUACUGUUAUUCCUCUUGUACUUGAGGUUUGUUCAUCAUACAGUUCACAGGCACUGAGUUUUGUUGUGUUCUUUUUCAUUACAUGUAACUCAUAACACACCAUUUAUAUCAUUAUUUAACCGAUCUUAAAACUUCAAAA